AUGAAUUCGAGCGAAAUUACAAAACUUCUUCGAACAAAACCAAACAAAUAUGUGAUCAAAGACUACACUUCAAAGAAUGCUACAAGUUCAUGCUGGUCAACGUUUGGUUUACCAGCUGAAAUUAUAGAUGAGACAACUAAUGAAUUUAAAAUUAUUGAUGGUUUUGCAAGUUCCAAAGUGUGUUUUACCACAUUUGUAUUUCGUUCUGGUUCUAAAGGUACAAGUACAAAAAAUCUUACUGAUCACAACUUGCCCAAAACCACUGAUGCUGAUGCACUUCAACCUACUAGAAAAAGAAAGAGGGAAGCGGAAUCCGAUCAAACAGAUUCUGAUGAAUUUGAUGAUGAAUUUGAUGAUCAAUGUACCGAUCCAUUACAUGAAGUCGUUUUAACCAUUAAUAAGUGUAAAAAGAUGGUUCGAUACGUCAGAAAAACUGGUUUAGACCGAAAAAUUCAAGAAAAAGGUGGUUUAUGUCUUGUUCAAGAAAAUCAAGCACGAUGGCUAUCGUUGUACGCAAUGCUAAAUAGCAUCGAUAGAUCAUAUGAUAUUCUUAUUGUAAUUCUAUCUGAAAUGAAUGUAUUACAUCUUGUUACAUCAGUAGAUCGAAAAUUACUUAAUGUAAGACCUAUAAUUUUUUAA